AUGGCUCCUAGUAAAGGAUGGAUGGAUCUUGUUGGUGAUAGUCUUAAUGAUGUAUAUUUACGUGGGGUUGAGGAAUUUUUAGACUAUACUUUUAAGAAAACUAGGAGGCGUGGGGAAGUACAUUGUCCAUGUGUCAAGUGUAGUAACACAUAUUCUGCCACACGAGAAGUGGUAGGGACACACCUCAGGGUGUAUGGAAUAAUACGUAAUUAUACAUUUUGGUAUCACCAUGGAGAAAGGGUAGGUGAAUCUGAAUCUAAUUUAGAAAGUGUUCAAAAAAGUGAAGAUGAGCCUAGCAAUGAGAUGCAUGACAUUUUGAGGGAUUUGUAUCCAAAGUUUUGUGGUCAAGAUACAAAUGACAUGGAUACGGAUAUCUUCCCUUGUGAUAUUCAUAAAGAGGAACCGAAUGAGGAAGCGAAUAAAUUCUAUAGGUUACUAAGAGAUUUUGAGCAACCAUUAUACCAAGGUUCUACGAGCUCAAAGUUAUCUUGCUUAGUCAAAUUGCUCCAUAUCAAGAGCCUUGGUCGAUGGAGUAAUGAGUCAUUUACUAUGUUGUUGCAAUUAUUGAAAGAUGAAUUAUUACCUCAAGGAUCUAAUUUGCCACAAUUGUAUUAUGAUGCAAAGAAAGUAAUUCAAGAUCUUGGUCUCUCAUACAAAAAAAUUGAUGCAUGUGUAAAUAAUUGCAUGUUAUAUUGGAAAGAGGAUGAGAGGCUAGAUUUUGUAAGAUUUGUAGCUAUUCUAGAUGGAAGACUAAUAAAUAUAAUGGGGAGGACAAGGACAGCGUCUUUGAUGAGAUGGCAUAAAGAUAAGAGGGUAGAUGAUGGAGUGAUGAGACACCCUGCUGAUUCAAUGGCAUGGAUUUCUUUUAACAAACUACAUCCAAAUUUUGCCUCAGACUCUCGCAAUGUGAGACUAGGCCUUGCUAGUGAUGGAUUUCAACCUUUUGCCAAUUCAAAAAUGCCAUAUAGUGUUUGGCCAGUUUUACUCAUUCCAUACAAUUUGCCACCUUGGAUGUGCAUGAAACAAUCAAAUUUUAUUUUAUCAAUGCUUAUUCCAGGUCCUGAGGGUCCCGGAGAUGCAAUUGAUAUCUAUCUUCAACCUUUAGUAGAAGAAUUAAGAGAGUUAUGGGAAACUGGCAUUGAUACAUUUGAUGCAUAUGCACAACAGAAUUUCAAGUUACAUGCAGUUUUACUAUGGACUAUCAAUGAUUUCCCUGCAUAUGGGAACUUAUCAGGUUGGAGUACUAAGGGAAAGUUGGCUUGUCCUUAUAGUAAUAAGGACACCUGUUGGAUGAGGUUGGCCAAUGGAGGCAAACAAUGUUAUAUGGGUCAUCGACGAUAUCUUCCUCUUAAUCACAAAUGGAGAAAUGAUAACAAAACUUUUGAUGGCACAAGGGAGCGAGGGUUACCACCCAAGCCACUUUUAGGAGAUGAUAUACUUGAUCAAGUGAAAAAUCUUGAAGGGGUCAUAUUAACUAAGGCUCCUCAUAUGAAGAAAGCAAUCUCACAUGAUGGCAGGGGGGACAAUUGGAAUAAAAAGAUACGUGGUUUACUUCCAAAAGUAGUAUAUGAAACACUUGUAGAGCUAUCAUUGUUCUGCACUCAUUUAGGAGCAAAGUCAUUAAAGGUGGAUGUAUUGGAGCAAUUAGAAAAGCAAAUUCCUAUAACUCUUUGCAAGCUAAAAAUGAUCUUUCCACCAUCAUUCUUUGACAUUAUGUCAUGUAUUCGUAAUAGAGCUUGUGUAGAGGGUUCAAUUGUAGAGGCAUACAUUGCAAAUCAGUGCAUUACUCUUUGCUCAAGGUGCUUGCAUGGCAUUGAGACAAAGUUCAAUCGAAUGGAGCGCAACUAUGAUGGUGGCAGUAAUAAAAAUAAAGGAGGCUUAUCAAUUUUCUCCAAAGUAGGACGAGGAUUAGGUGCUAGUAAAACUCAUGAUCUUGAUACACAGGAGUGGGAGCAAGCUCAUAUUUAUGUAUUAAAGAAUUGUGAUGAAGUCCAGCCAUACAUCGAAGAGUAUUCACAAUUGCCAGCAACCAAUUUAGUAGGUAUGUCAGAAGGUCAAUGGAAUAAAAAUUUUGUUAGAUGGUUUAAGACGAAAGUUGCAUGGUUUCAUACUGAAUAUCAUGACCAAGGUUUGAGGACACAAAAUAGUGGAGUUGUUGUAAUUGGAGAUAUUGGUGAUGAAGUUAACAACAUAGAUUACUACGGUGUCUUAACUGACAGUAUUCAAUUGCAAUAUCUUGGAGGAAGACCUAACCAAGCAUCACAAGUCUUUUAUGUUCCAGACAAUAUUCACAAAGGCUGGCAUUGUGUGAUAAAGGCACAUCCUCGAGAUUCCUAUGACAUCCCAUUAGAAGAAGACAUUGACCCCGUUGAUUUGAAUCAAUUAGGUGAAGCAUAUCAAUCUGAUGAAUCUGUCAAUCUUGAAUAUAGAGAAACAACUAUAGUUGAUGCAAAUGACCAAAUUAGUUGGAAGAGGAUGAAUAUAGAGCCACAAAUAAUUGAUAUAUCUUCAACACAGAAGAAAAGAAAACAUGGAUCUUGA